AUGGCACAAUUCUUCCCCAAGCUUACUCCGGAUUCACUGAAAGAAAAGGUCCUUGUAAUCACUGGUGGUGCGAAUGGUAUUGGAGCUAGUCUGGUCGAAUACUGCUGCCAGAAUGGGGCCUAUGUCUGCUUUGGUGAUACAGCAGUGCGGGAAGGUGACCAGCUCGCAAAGAGGCUUUCUCUUUCUGCAUCUUGGCACUCAUCUCCGUCACACCCACAAGUCAUCUUCUGUGAAACCAAUGUCACCGAGUACAAGGCAAUCAUCAAUCUUUUUGAUACGACACUCAGUGCAUACGGACAUAUUGACCACGUGAUUGCGUGUGCAGGCGUCAUGGAAAUCGGCAACUGGUUUGAUCCAAAUCUGACACUUGAGGACGUUCGCGAGCCCGCUACCACCGAAGUCCUUGACGUAAAUCUGGGUGGCUGUCUGUCUGUUACACGAAUUGCAAGUGUAUACCUACGCCACAAUCGUCCAAAGGAUGCCGAUCGUUCAAUUACCCUGAUUUCUUCUGUUGCUGGCUUCAAGGAGUCACCGGGUCUAUUCGUUUAUCAGGCCUCCAAACACGGCGUCCUGGGGCUUAUGCGAGCGUUGCGUCUGUAUCUCCCAUCUUUACCAUUUCAGCUUCGCAUCAACACUGUCUGCCCCUGGAUGACAACUACGGGUAUGGUCAAAGGCGUCCAAAGUGCUUGGAUGAACGCGGGAAUGCCUGUCAAUUCGCCAAUCGAUGUCGCCAAGGUUACUGCGGGCAUAUUGGCGGACGCGCAGCUUAAUGGAAAGUCGAUGUAUGUUGAAGGUGGGCGAGCUUGGGAGAUAGAGGCCAAUAUAGACCGGUUGGAGCCACAAUGGUUGGGCGAGGAACCAUCAAGGUCAUUGGCUAAAGGGCAGGCAGUGCUUGCAGAUGGAAGCGAUUGGACCAAAUAA